AGCGUGUGGUUACUGCCUUCUCAUUCGCGAUGGCCCCACAGAUUGUGCGUGUGGCGCAUGCUCAGGAGUGUUGACAGUGCAGUUGAAGCUGUACAGUCGGAGGGACGAUUUAAGAGCAAGCAUUUUGAAACAUGACUACUUCCUGGAGCGAUCGACUUCAGAACUACGCAGAUCUCCCUGCCAACAUGGACGGUGUUGCAAUGAAGAAGUACCGGCGGGAGGCUUACCACAGAGUGUUUGUAAACAGAAGCUUGGCUAUGGAGAAGAUUAAGUGCUUUGGGUUUGAUAUGGAUUACACAUUAGCUGUGUACAAGUCCCCAGAAUACGAGUCCCUGGGGUUUGACCUGACUGUGGAAAGGCUUGUAUCAAUCGGAUAUCCCCAGGAGCUGCUCAACUUUGUCUAUGACUCUACAUUCCCAACCAGGGGUCUGGUGUUUGAUACAAUGUAUGGGAACUUGCUGAAGGUGGAUGCUUAUGGGAACAUCCUUGUCUGUGCCCAUGGAUUUGUUUUCAUACGGGGGCCUGAGAUCCGGGAGCAGUACUCAAACAAGUUUAUCCAGAGGGACGACACUGAGCGGUUUUACAUCCUGAACACACUCUUCAACCUGCCUGAGACCUAUCUGUUCGCCUGCCUGGUAGAUUUCUUCAAUAACUGCCCCCGAUACACUAGCUGUGACACAGGGUUUAAAGACGGUGACCUUUUCAUGUCCUACAAGAGCAUGUUUCAGGAUGUCCGUGAUGCAGUAGACUGGGUCCACUACAAGGGGUCUUUAAAAGAGAAAACGGUGGAGAAUCUCGAAAAGUAUGUGGUCAAAGAUCAUAAACUACCUCUUCUGCUCAGUCGAAUGAAUGAAGUUGCAAAGGUGUUCCUAGCCACAAACAGCGACUACAAAUACACAGAGAAAAUUAUGACCUACCUGUUUGAUUUUGACCAUGGUCCCAAGCCUGGCACUCCCCACCGCCCAUGGCAGUCCUACUUCGACCUCAUCCUGGUGGAUGCACGGAAGCCUAUGUUCUUCGGAGAGGGGACCGUCCUGAGGCAGGUGGACACUAGCACGGGGCGGUUAAAGAUCGGGACCUACACAGGACCUUUGCAGCACGGCAUUGUGUAUUCUGGAGGUUCAUCAGACACUGUGUGCGACCUUUUGGGGGCAAAGGGCAAGGACAUCGUCUACAUUGGAGACCACAUCUUCGGAGACAUCCUAAAAUCCAAAAAGCGACAGGGCUGGAGGACCUUCCUAGUCAUCCCUGAGCUAGCCCAGGAGCUCCACGUGUGGACCGACAAGAGCUCUCUGUUUGAAGAGUUACAGAGCCUGGAUAUCUUCCUGGCAGAACUCUACAAACAUCUGGAUAGUAGCAGUAAUGAACGGCCAGACAUCAGUUCCAUUCAGAGACGUAUCAAGAAAGUGACUCAUGACAUGGACAUGUGCUACGGGAUGAUGGGCAGUUUGUUCCGCAGCGGGUCCCGUCAGACUCUGUUUGCCAACCAGGUGAUGCGCUACGCAGAUCUGUACGCUGCUUCCUUCAUCAACCUCCUCUACUACCCCUUCAGCUACCUGUUCAGAGCUGCCCACGUCCUGAUGCCACAUGAGUCGACCGUGGAGCACGCUCACGUGGACAUCAAUGACGGCGAAUCGCCUAUGGCCACGCGGAAUCGCAACGCCCUGGACUUCAAGGGUUACGACUACAAGCGUAGCCAACUGACCCGCUCAGUCAGCGAAAUCAAACCACCCAACCUGUUCCCCCAGACCCCCCAGGAGAUCACACACUGCCACGACGAGGAUGACGAUGAGGAGGAGGAGGAGGAGGAAGAGGAAGAGGAAGAGAGAGGAAGAGGAGUAAUGAAGAAAAACAAACUGUACAACACAAUCUAUUGAGCUAAUUAGAGGGUGGUGCUUGGAGUAAUCAAAAUGCACAAUAUGAAAAAAAUAAUCAAAAACAAAAAAAUAUACGAAAAACACAUAUGUACGUGUGUGUGUGCGUGUGUGUAUACACAUAGCGUACAUAGGCAUUCAGCGUUCUGUUAAUGUUACUGUCUGUAUAACAGACCAGUCUAAUGACACUCGAUUGACCCGCUUUCUUAUUUGAGAGACUGUGACGGUGCAGUUUGUUCCACAUAACAUAUGUUAGAAAGAAAUAUGUGUACAAAAGUUAUUUUUAAUGUAUAAGAAGGUUAGAUGUUCUAAGUUCUAAGAGAUGAGUAGGCAGGAGCUCAAACUCAUUUAAAUAGUUUGGGGGUAGAAAAAUGCAUUUACGUUAUAAAAUAACUUUGCUGUGCAGUAUAUUGAAUAUAAGGCAAAAUAAGAAUAUUGGAGGAAAAACAAAACAAAAAAAAACAUUUACUAAAUGGCACCAAGCAAAUGUUACAAUGGAGUGCUGUAUUUAAAUAUUGGCUGGUUUUGAAUCAGUAUCUUGUAGUAUGUACGAUAGUUCUGGGCAAGUCAUGCACAGUAUUUAAUGGUUAUGCACCAAUACUACUGUUUCGCAUGUGGUGUUCAUGUUCUUGUCUGUUUUUCAUACAUAGAUUUAGUAACAGUAUCAGGAUUUUAAAGAAGCUCUAGUGCUCCAAAAUAGCAAAAAGUCUUGCUACUUUCAGUUUUUUCAAUUGCUUUUUCAGUCAUCGUAUUUUAGUUUGACAUGAUGGGAUGGCUUUCCUGACCAGUGCAUGGACUGAGAGGGUGAGCCAUGCAAUUAAAAGGUUUACCCAGAACUCAGUUCUGAAACACAGAAGCACAUUUAGUACGACCAUAGCUCAAGUGACAAGUGUGUGGUUGUUGUGGUUAUAUAUUCAGAAGUAGUAGUGUGUUAAAGGUGUCCUGUAUGGAAAUACAAGAUGUACUUAACACUGCUAGUGGAUCUUAUUUAUAUACAGUAUACUCUUCUGUUUCCUGGGGAGAUUGUAGGGCUUUCUCACUGUCAGAACCGUCUCCCAAUGGUGAUGCUGCAUUUGUACAGUGCUUUUCCUGCAUUUCUUUCCUUUAUCUGCAUCGUCUGUCAGACUAAGAAGAGCCACAAUGCUCCACAACAGCCUAUUCUUGGAGAUGUACUGAAAUACAUCAUUAACACUGCACUGUGCCAGUGCAUGCCAGUGUUCAUUUUUCAUUAGGAGAACCAACCCACUUACCUCUUUGAGACCAUGCCAAGCACCUUUGGGUAUUGGUGGGUUGCAAGCAUCCCUCAUAGUAAGAACCAGGAUUAGUGUUACACCAGGCUUUGGUAGUUAUUGAUGCAGUUGUGUGUAAAACAUUACACACCUUUGAUUAGUGUUUAGCAGAUCCGCUGUGGUUUUGGCUGGCUCAUGAACAUACUGCCUCUCAAUCACACACUUCAUCAGUGUGUGCAUUUCUGAUUUUUAACUUCUUCUAAAAUUGCUUCUUUUAAACUUUUGCUUUGUUUAAAUUUGUAUUCAGUACCUUCAUAUUUUGUUGUAUGUUUUUUUUUAUCUCUGCAAAGUGAUUUAAAUGAUCUGUUCUGCUCUGUAAAGGAGUGCAAGGGUUUAUGCAUUAAAAAAAAAAAUAAUAAUCUGGAUUCCUGUGUGCUCUUGCAUGUGGAACCAGUAUUAUUUUGUAAUUAUUAUUUGAAAUGGUUAUACUGUAAACUGUAAUCAUUUAGUUUAUGCAUGUCCAUACUCUUUUCACAUCAGCUGAUGGAAUCUGAUUUUAAUGGCAUAUUCUUUACUGUCCAUAUUGUAUUUCUUUCCUGGAACAUGUUGAUCCUUUGGAACUAUAAUUUUAAUGGUAAAUAAAAUGCAAAUACUCAUGA